AUGGAGAAGUUUCUUGUGAAAUUUAACCAUUCUCAAGCAAGUUCUAGUACGAAUGUCAAUCCUUCUAGUCUUAUAGAUGACCUUAAUUUAGAUUCACUUGAAGCCGAUCCAGGAAAAAGGGUACCAAUUGCUCACUAUAACCUUCAAAUAAAGGAUGAAGUGAGGAAACAUUAUAUUCAAAAAGGGCCUUGUCAACCAAAAAUGGAUUCAUAUCCUCCAACUGAAAUUGGAAAAAGAAUGCGUCAAUUUUGUAAAAUUUGGUUUGAAGGUCCAUAUUCUAAAUGGUUGGAGUAUAGCGUGGAGAAAGAUUCUGUCUAUUGUCUAUGUUGUUAUUUAUUCAAAGAUGAUUUUUUCCAUGGAAGUACAAGUGAGUUUUACACAAAAACGGGUUUUAGGAGUUGGAAUACUGCACUUGAAAGAUUCUGUAAACAUGUUGGUGAUGUUAAUAGUAUUCAUGACAAAUGUUUCAACAAGAUGCUAGAUUUGUCAAAUCAUCAUCAAUCAAUUCAAGUUGUUAUUGAUAAGCAUUCUCAAAAGUUAAAAAAUGAGUAUCGAAUGCGUUUGGAAGCCUCAAUUGAUGUGUCAAGACUUCUUUUGCAAUAUGGAUUACCUUUUCGAGGUCACGAUGAAAGUGAAUUUUCAAUUAAUCAAGGCUUCUUAUUUCUAGGAUUUUUGCGAUGGCACGGGGACAAACAUCCGGAUGUUGGAAAAGUGAUAUUGGAAAAUGCCCCACAAAAUGAUACGUCGACUUGUCCUAUGAUUCAAAAAGAUAUUGCCAAUGCUUGUGCAAAAGAAACAUUGAAAGCAAUAAUUGGGGACUUGAAUGGAGAUUACUUUGGUAUAUUAGUUGAUGAGUCAAAAGACAUCUCUCACAAAGAACAAAUGGCUCUUGUUUUGCGUUUUGUUAAUAAGAAUGGUGAAGUAGUUGAACGAUUUAUCGGUCUUGUCCAUGUUAGUGAUACAUCGGCAUGUUCAUUGAAGAAAACGAUUUAUUUUUUGCUUUCCGUUCACUCACUAAGUCCAUCCAAAAUACGUGGACAAGGUUAUGAUGGGGCUAACUUUUUUGAUCAUGUUAGUAAUGUGUUAAAUGUUGUUGGAGGAUCUUUCAAGCGUAGAGACUUACUUCGUGAUCACCAAGCCAAAAAGUUAGAGCAAUUAUUUGAAUCCGGUGAAGUUCAAAAAGGCCAAGGAUUACAUCAAGAACGUGGGCUUCAAAGACCAGGUGAUACUCGUUGGGGAUCACAUUUCAAAACUUUAGAUAACUUUAUUGUUAUUUUCUCAUCUAUUGUUCAUGUUCUUGAAGUGAUUGAACUUGAAGGGUCCACAUCAAGUGAUAGAAAUCAAGCGGAGUAUCUUUUGACAAAGAUUAAAACAUUUAAAUUUAUUUUUGUGCUUCACUUGAUGUUGAAAGUGUUGGCAAUGUCAAAUGAGUUGAGUAAGAUUUUACAAAAAAAAGAUCAAGAUAUUGUUAAUGCCGUGGAGUUUCUUAAUAUUACAAAGAAAAGAUUGCAAGAUAUGAGGGAAAAUGGAUGGGAAUCUUUGUUGGAUGAUGUUUCCUCAUUUUGUGAUGUGCAUGAUAUCUUGAUUCCCAAGUUGGAUGAGUCUUAUUUUCCCGGAAAGUCAAAACGUAAGUCUUCGGGUGUUAGUUAUGCGCACCACUUGCGUGUUGAAGUCUUUUUUGCUGUCAUUGAUGUGCAACUUCAAGAACUUAAUGACCGUUUUGAUGUAGUGAGUAGUGAUUUGCUUCUUGGGAUGGGUAGCUUGAAUCCGGUCAAUUCUUUCUCAAAUUUUGACAAAGGUAAAAUCAUGACUUUAGCAAAGUGUUAUCCAAGUGAGUUUGAUGAUGGAAAAAUUCGAGAUUUGAGCUAUCAACUCGAUACUUUCAUUAUUCAUAUGCGAAGUGGUAAUCCCAAGUUCUCCAACUUGCAAGGAAUUCGUGAUUUGGCGAAGGCAUUGGUUGAAGCAAAUCUUGCGGAGACUUAUUCACUUGUUUAUUUACUUGUAAAGUUGACUUUGAUUUUACCUGUUGCUACGGCAACUGUGGAGAGAGCAUUUUCGUCAAUGAAGCACAUAAAAAAUGAAGUGCGGAAUAGUAUUGGUAAUCAAUAUUUAAAUGAUUGUCUAGUGUGUUACAUAGAGCGUGAUGUGUUUAUAAAUGUUAGUAAUGAUGUCAUUAUCGAUCGUUUUCAGAAUAUGAAAACUCGUCGAGGACAAUUGUAA